UAUAAAUAAUUAAAAUACUAAAUUAUUAGUAUGUAUCCCACGGACAAUUUUUGUUGCUGACGUUUCAAGAUUAGAUGACGUGGUCACAUUACAGGACUGAACAAUGGGAAGAUCGUGGAAAUUGUUCCAAGACGGUGCGUUUAACGUAGGCGGAUAAAGACCACCUCUGAAAUCAUCAACAAUAUGAUUUCUAGGCCGAGAUCAAGAGUGCAAACAGAAGAAGAAAAGAAGAGGAAAGAGAGGAAAUGGUCCCUUGAAAAUUUUGAGAUCGGAAAACCCUUAGGAAAAGGAAAGUUUGGAAGAGUCUAUGUAGCCAGAGAAGUUACCAGCAAAUAUAUAGUGGCACUGAAAGUAAUAUUCAAGGAGCAGAUAGAGAAGUACAGGAUUCAUCACCAAUUGAAGAGAGAAAUGGAGAUUCAGACAAAUCUUUGUCACCCCAAUGUUCUCCGUCUCUACGGUUGGUUUCAUGAUGAUGAGCGUAUUUUCUUGAUUCUCGAGUAUGCUCAAGGCGGUGAGCUUUAUAAAGAGCUUAAAAAGAAAGGUUUUCUUUGUGAAAAGCAAGCUGCCACGUACAUUGCAAGUCUCACAAACGCGUUGAGUUACUGUCAUAAGAAGGAUGUUAUUCACAGGGAUAUCAAGCCUGAAAAUUUGUUGCUUGAUCAUGAGGGUCGACUAAAAAUUGCAGAUUUUGGGUGGUCCGUGCAAUCAAGGAGCAAGAGGCACACCAUGUGUGGUACUUUGGAUUAUCUAGCACCAGAAAUGGUGGAGAACAAAGCUCAUGAUUAUGCAGUUGAUAAUUGGACUCUAGGCAUACUUUGUUACGAGUUCCUAUAUGGUGCCCCUCCGUUUGAGGCUGAAAGUCAAAAGGAUACCUUCAGAAGGAUCAUGAAAGUUGACCUGACUUUCCCUUCUCAUCCUCCGGUGUCUGCAGAAGCCAAAAACCUAAUCACCAGACUUUUGGUGAAGGACUCUUCAAAGAGGCUUUCCCUACAGAAAAUCUUGGAGCACCCUUGGAUAAUCAAGAAUGCAGAUCCUAUGGGAAUCUAUAAGGAGUAGCAAUUCUUAAGCUUCUUGUUUACUUGAGUUUUUUUUUUUUUUUUUUUGUAUCUAAUGUUGUUAUCUGGAGAUAGCAUAGAAUGGGUUUUCAAACUACCAAGUUUCACACUCAAAACUAAGAAUUUAUUGUAAAAUCUUCUAAUUACCAAGUUUCAUAUCUAAAACUAAGACUUUAUUGUAAAUAUUUUGACUGAUACAUCGGGAUCUUGAAGGAAACCAAAAUUUCCAGCGAACGUGCACUACAAGGGAUUGCUAAACUAGAGGGAGAUUUUUAAUUUCGUUUCCCAAAUAGGAACAUUUCUAAAUUUAAUCACACGAGGUGAUGGAUGUAACAAAAUCUUCUAUUAAAAUAUAAAUAAAAUUACCUGUCAAUAGUUGUUUAUAUUGCUGAGACGUCACUUUGAGGCAA